AUGGACAAACGGAAGAUGUUGACGAAACGCCCUCGAAUGGAUACUAUGAGGGGCCCAAUUGCCAAUGGGCCCAUUCAAACUCGCCCGUUGGUUGCUCUGCUUGACGGACGAGACUGUUCCAUUGAGAUGCCAAUUUUAAAAGACGUUGCUACUGUCGCUUUUUGCGAUGCACAAUCCACAUCUGAGAUUCACGAAAAGGUACUAAAUGAAGCCGUAGGAGCUUUGAUGUGGCACACGAUUAUUCUGACGAAAGAAGAUCUGGAAAAAUUCAAAGCCUUAAGAAUAAUUGUCAGAAUUGGAUCAGGAGUUGACAACAUUGAUGUAAAAGCUGCUGGUGAGCUGGGCAUUGCUGUUUGUAAUGUCCCCGGGUAUGGAGUCGAAGAAGUUGCCGAUACGACACUUUGUCUUAUUUUGAACCUCUAUCGGCGUACAUACUGGUUAGCGAACAUGGUUCGGGAAGGAAAAAAAUUUACUGGACCUGAGCAGGUACGAGAAGCAGCACAAGGUUGCGCCAGGAUACGAGGAGAUACUCUCGGAAUAGUUGGGUUAGGAAGAAUUGGAUCAGCAGUCGCCUUGCGCGCCAAAGCCUUUGGAUUUAUCGUCAUGUUUUACGAUCCGUAUCUUCCUGAUGGUAUCGAAAAAUCGCUUGGUCUUACUCGAGUGUACACACUGCAAGAUCUUCUCUAUCAAUCAGACUGUGUGUCUCUCCACUGUACCUUGAACGAACACAAUCAUCACUUAAUUAAUGAAUUCACCAUUAAACAGAUGAGACCUGGGGCAUUUUUAGUAAACACAGCCCGAGGAGGGUUAGUUGACGACGACGCGCUGGCGGCUGCCCUAAAACAAGGCAGAAUCCGCGCGGCAGCCCUCGACGUUCAUGAAAAUGAACCGUACAAUGUCUUUCAGGGUCAGUCCAAUGCGCAAUGUCCGUUGAAGGAUGCUCCCAAUUUAUUAUGUACACCACACGCGGCAUUUUACAGUGACGCAAGCUGCUCAGAACUCCGUGAAAUGGCUGCGAGUGAGAUACGACGAGCUAUCGUUGGACGUAUCCCUGACUGCUUGAGAAACUGCGUGAAUAAGGAAUAUUUCCACUGUUCCACCGGCACUUACCCUGAGUCGAUCAACGGUGGAUACUAUGCGGGAGCAUUACCAAUCCAACAGGCCCAUUCGACGACGCCCCACGAUUCAGCACCUCCGCCACCUGGAGGUCACUCCGCCGUUGGCGUAGCUAGUAGUGCUGGUCCAAAUUCUUCGGCGGGAGGUGGGAAUGCCGGUCCUACCGGUCCCGCGGGGCCAACGGUAGGCGGCGCCGGUGCCGGGGGUCCAGCGUCAGCCCCACCGACUGCUGGAUUACCCGGUCUACCACACAGCAUAGUGAGCGAGCCUGACCCCCGGCCAAGUCCACCUGCUCCGAGUCCUCGUUGA